AUGGCCUCAAUUGCUCGGUGCCUGAGGGCAGCCCGCCCCACGGCUUUUUCUGCCGUUGCCCGAAACUCGACCCCUCGUGCUAUCGGCGCCCGCGCGUUUUCUGUGACCGCCGCCAAUGCUAUCAAGAAAUACACCAGGGACCACGAGUGGAUCGACCUCUCCGCGGAUAAGAAGACAGGCGUUAUCGGCAUCAGCGAAUACGCCGCCAACCAGCUGGGCGAUAUCGUGUAUGUCGAGCUUCCCGAGGAGAAGAAGGAGGUGGAGGCUGGCGACCCCAUCGGCGCCGUUGAGUCUGUGAAGAGCGCCUCCGACAUCAACUCUCCUGUUUCCGGCACGAUUAUCCAUUCCAAUUUGGUCCUGGAGGAGAAGCCGGGGACCAUCAAUCAGGUCGCUGAGGAUGACUCCCAUGGCGGUGGUUGGGUUGCCAAGAUCGAGGUCAGCGAGCAGGGCUUGAAGGACUUCGAGCGGUUGCUGGAUGAGGCUGAGUACAAGGAGUUCACCACCGAGCAGGGUGACCACUAA